CUGCAGACUGCAAGGUAAUUCAUGAAAACUCGCUUUCCUCCUUUCCAGUAAGUAUUCAUUCACCUUGCUCAGGUGAAGCGUGACCAAUGCUUACUAACUGGAGGGUCAGAUCUAUGGGUCCAAUCAUAGCAAUCCUUUCUCCCCCUAGUAUAGGGUUAAAAAAAAAGGGCACUUAUUAUUUUUUAUGGAACACACCGCUCUGCAUCCUUCCCUCCGACUCAGCCCGCUCCACCCCAGGGAUUUAUUUUCCAGCAGGAGAAAUCCCCGCCCCGUCAGCUACCCGGAGCUCGAAGGAAAACAACAGCGACGACGAGGGGAGACUAUUUUCGGUGUGGGAACGAGGAGGAAGGAGGGGCAGUACAACCUGUCAGGGGCUGGGGUUGGCGGGGAAAGCCUCCACCUCGGGCUGCCAAGCAACCGCGUCCAGGCAACGGGCUCCCGGAAACCGCUCGGCUCUGGCGCGCGCGGUGGGGCCGGGGCGGGUCUCGAGACGCCGAGGAGCGAACUCACUGGAGUGGGGGGGUUGGGGUGGGGGCCUGGCACGCGCUGGGUCUGAGGCCGCAAGACGUGAGCCGAUUGGCCGGCGCUUCCCGCUGCAGGGGAGGGAGGGGUGCGGCGGGGAGGGGUGGUGGUGGUGGUGGUGGUGUUGGCGGCGAGGGGCGCGUGCUCCGCUUCUGGAUUGUCUAGGUCCGGCCGCCGCCGCCGCCGCCGCCCAGCAGGGAGGCUGGAGGAAAUGGGUAGCCGCAUCCCGCCCGCCCCCAGUGCUGAUGUGAAUUAUUGAAAAGAAAAUGGCACAACGAAGCACUGUACUUCCUUCUCUUGUCACCGAGGAAAGGCGAGUUAGAACCAUGCCACGACAUAGCCAAUCUUUGAGUGUGGCUCCAUAUUCAUCUGCAAGCCUAGUGGACCAGUUGGAAGAUAGAAUUCUGUGCCAUGAGAAAACAACUGCAGCACUUGUGGAACAUGCUUUUCGUAUAAAAGACGACAUUGUUAAUAGUUUGCAGAAAAUGCAAAAUAAAGGUGGAGGAGAUCGAUUGGCUAGACUGUUCUUAGAAGAGCACAUCAGAAAUAUCACGGCAAUAGUAAAACAACUUAAUCGGGAUAUUGAGGUCCUACAAGAACAGAUACGUGCCAGGGAUAACAUUAGCUAUGGAACAAAUUCUGCCUUAAAGAGUCUGGAGAUGCGCCAACUCUCUGGUUUGGGAGAUCUUCGGGGAAGAGUAGCAAGAUGUGAUGCUAGUAUAGCUAGAUUGUCUGCAGAGCAUAAAACAACGUAUGAAGGUCUUCAGCACUUGAACAAAGAACAGCAGGCUGCCAAACUAAUUUUGGAAACUAAAAUCAAAGAUGCAGAAGGACAGAUUUCUCAGCUUUUAAGCAGAGUUGACCUCUCAUUAUCAGAGCAAAGCACAAAGCUGAAAAUGACCCACAGAGAUAGCAACCAUCAACUUCACCUUUUGGACAUUAAAUUUAAAGGUACAGUGGAAGAACUUAGUAGCCAAAUUUUGUCUGCACGGAAUUGGUUGCAACAGGAACAAGAACGGAUAGAAAAAGAACUUUUACAGAAGAUUGAUCAACUUGCAUUGGUUGUUAAGGAAAAUAGUGAAAUUAGUGAAAGGACAAUUGAGAAGAAGUUCAGUCAGAUGUCAGCAAAGCUUGAUAAAAUAGAAGAGAUACAAAAGAAAAAUAUGGAUGCACAGAGGCCAAAAUCUGAUGAUGAGAAGAUGAAUGUCCGAAUCAGCAAGAUUGAAUUGCAGAUGAAUGAAGAGAUGAAAGAAAUGAAAGCAGAAGUUAAUGCUGGGUUUGCAGCCAUCUAUGAAAGCAUAGGAUCACUCAGACAAGUUCUUGAAGCCAAAAUGAAAAUUGAUAAAGACCAGCUACUGAAACAAAUUCAUCAGCUAAGGAAACAAGAGGCUCCCAUGUAAAGAAGGUUUGGAACAGUAACAGUGUAAAGGAAGAGUUAUCAGCAGGGCUAGGAGUGUGAAUGCUUAUACAGUAUGGUUUGCUCUCUCCACGAUGUGCAUGUAUCAAACAGUGUAUCAUGGGGCUUAAUUUUUAACUUGAAUUGUGAUGACAAUCUUUAGGUAAGGAGAGUGAGUGCAUUUUUUACAAUUUAAUUUCACUUAUAAAUCUAAAUUCUAUGGAAUUUGUUCCAUUUUUGAAAGACUUUAUUUUAAGACUGAACACUUUAAAAUAUUUUUCUUCUGUGAAUUAAAAUGUUAAAUUAUCAUAGUUAUGCUUUAGCUAAGACUGUUCAUCAUUUUAAAAAUGUCAGUAUGGAAGUUUAUGUUAGUAAACAAAUGAAUUUGUUAGAGCAGUUCGUAUGCAAAAGAUAUCUCUAGACAGAAGAGACAAUUCAAUGUUUGAGUCCAUGUUUGGAUUUUGUUGUUGUUUGUUCAUUUCCUUCUUUGCUUCCUCUAAUUCUUCUUUCCCUUCACUUGGAGUUUCCAAGAUAAUUUGAGUUUUCAAUUAGAAGAAAUUACAAUUUAUUCUUUGAAUUUAAUUAGUAAAAGGGAUUGAGAAUGUUUCUUUCAACUUCCACAUAGAUUGUUAUCUACUUGAAAAUAAAGUAGGCAAUCAAGAUAAUUUUCUGGAAAAUGUAGAGCCAAAAAUUGCUUAAAUUAUCUGGAUAUUUCAGAUGUCUUUAAAAUAAAAUGAGUUAUCUCAAUACUUUUCUGCUCUCCACAGCUUGCUUGAUGAGAAUCAUAUUCUGUAUAAUAGAAUUAUGGUUCACAGUAAGCUGUUUAUGUAGAAUUGCACAUUAACCACAAUAUAAUGUGAAGAUUUUUCAGGAUUUUUACAAACCUUUUCCUAAAUGUUUCCAAAAUGAAGAUUAAAAAUCUAGAAAAAUGUUUUGUAUAUUAUGAUAAUUAUUGUAAGUGUAUUAUUGUGCCUUGUUUUUAUGUCAUGCACUGUACACUGAAAGUUUUGCUGAUGAAAUAGAAGGCAUGAUAUUUCAAAAAUGUUAUGUAAAAAUGGGAUAAUAUGUAUUUUAAAAUUAUAUAAUGUACUAGAAAUUUUAUCAUUGUUAAGAUAUACUUCUGUAUAUUCUUUAAUGAAAUAAAUAAUUCAUACUUUUGUAUGGACAGGGAUUCAAGCUGGCAUUGAAUUUAUAACAUUGUCAAGAUAUUUUCAUCCAGAUGAAUGGAAUUUUUAUGUUAUAAGUGUAUUAUUUUCAAUUGCUACAUUUAAUUAUAAAUUGAAAAUGAACACCUAUGCUGUAAUCUAAUCUAGAUGCUUAUAAAUCUUUGGAUGUAAGAUCUAUACUGAGAAAACCGUUCUAAACUGUGAGGAUCUGUAGGAAAAAUAAAAAUAGAAUUAUUUUAAAUUUUGUUACCUUUUUUUUUCUUUUUUCUAAGGACUCAGGAAAAGAAGCACCUUCUGUUUUUUAGAUUAGUCAUAUAUGAAUCAUUUAACUGGCUACUACUGUUUACCCUUGUAAAAUGUGUUACUAAAAACACACACAUUGUUCUUUCUUGCCUUGGCAAAGGUUAAUUAAAAAAUCCCUGGGACUAGAUAGAUAACAUUAGUAAUUGCAAACAUUUGGCCACUAAGCUUUAUUUUCUUUACCUUGGUAAAAUAUUCUAAAAAAGUGUCUGUGGCUAAGGCAGCUCCAUUUAUCAUCUCCUGGUAUGGUUUCUACCUUUUGAGUUUGAAACUAAUCCUAGUGUAGAGAACUUGGCCCCUCUCUGUAAAAACAUCAUAAUUGGGGGAAGCUGGCUCCUCUGGGUUGAUGGAGGUAUGUGAGAUCUUAGCCUGUCAGUUUAUUUGAGUAAAUAUGUGUAAAUUGGCCAGGUAGAGGACAAAGACUUUGUAUCAUCUUGGAGUCCAGGAUCCUACAGGCUUGGCUCUUUUAUAUCCUUGGACCCAAUAUUCAGGGCUAGGGUUGAGCAUCUGAGGAAAUAGGUUAAUUGGUUAGGGCUUCAUUUGGGAGGUACAUCUUUACAUUUACAUACGCUGAGCAAAGAGAAAUAACACCAAUCAUCAUGAAGAAAACAAUUUUCUUUGGAAGUAGAAAAUUAUUUUAUAUAUGGCAUUAUAGAUGUUUAGGCCAAAUCCUUUUCAAGUUUUGUACAUAGAUGAAUGGCAGUGGGAAUUUUGCCCUUUCUUAGCUGUUUAUUUAUCACACACUCCUGAGGAGGGAGCAUCAGUAUCCAUGAACUUCUUUAAAAGAAGUGAUGAAUGUCAAAUUAGGUUCUUAAUGAAGGAGCAACUAUAUGAAAGCAGGUGAAAAUCAGUUAUGUGCUGAAUUUCUCAGGUGCUUCUGAUGUCAUGGUCCUUCAUGUAAUGAGCUAUAUUGUAUUCUUAUCACCAAAGUUUAAUGUAAAACAUCUUCAGUGUCAUUUUCCUUGAUGAAAAAUUUGUAAUAAACAGUGCCAUAAAAACCCCACAUGUAAAUUCAAUGUAUGGUUUUAAUAAAAAAUGUUAAAUUUGG